AUGUCGGAACGCCAAGCAGAGGCCCACCGGCUCCUGUCGGAAUACCCCAAGACGGCAGCGCCGGAUGUGAGGUUGAAGCCGGUGGCGGGAGCGGCAAUCCCACGAAGAAACCCAAGAAGGUACUCGCACUCAGUGACAUUUCUUUCAAUUGUCACAGCGGCACUAUUGUCAUUAUCUUUCUUAUUCAUAUCUUGUUCCUCGCCCGCGGCAUGGACCUGGCUAGCCACCACCCUCAAUCCGUCCCUGCAGCAUGCCGAGACGGGAGGAGCCGAGAGUGGUAACGGCAGCGCCGCUGCCGACCGCUACUUGAUCGGCGUGGGAAAGGCUGAUAUAACUGGUCCAGUGGUCGAGAUAAACCUGAUGGGCUACGCAGACCCUAAACAAGUCGGCUCGGGUCUCCGGCAGCGGUUGUACAGUCGUGCCUUUAUUGUUGGCGACCUCGCACAUCCUGCAGAUCGUUUCGUUUAUUUGGUCCUCGACACCCAGUCCGGCGACACGGCAGUCCGCUACGGCAUCAUCUCAGCGCUGCAGUCGCUUGGGCCCGAAUAUGCCCACUAUGGCCACCACAACGUCGCUGUCACGGGCACUCAUUCUCAUUCUGGUCCAGGCGGAUGGCUCAACUAUCUCCUGCCGCAGAUCACAAGCAAGGGUUUUGAUCACCAGGGCUACCGUGCCAUCGUCGACGGCGCCGUUCUCUCCAUCCGUCGGGCACAUGAAAGCUUGACCCCUGGCUAUCUGCAUGUCGGAAAGACCAAGGUUGCCGGCGCCAACAUCAACCGCAGCCUAUUUGCGUAUUUGGCCAACCCUGAGGCGGAGAGGAGACGCUACAAUAUCAGUUCGGAGGACGAUGGCUCCGUAGAAAAGGAGAUGACUCUCCUGAAAUUUCAGCGCGCAUCCGACAUGCGCCACAUUGGCAUCCUCACAUGGUUUCCGACGCAUGGCACGUCGAUGCUUGGCAACAACACUUUGAUCACCGGUGACAACAAAGGCGUCGCUGCCUAUCUUUUUGAGAAGAGUAUGCGCUCUGAGAUGUCAGCCGCCCCUGGCGUCGACUUUGUGGCUGGCUUUUCGCAGGCCAAUGUCGGGGAUACGAGCCCAAAUGUGAAUGGGGCUUGGUGUGAGGAUGGUUCGGGUCUGAUGUGCAGCUUCGAGAACAGUACUUGUGCUGAUGGUAAGGCACAGACUUGUCAUGCCAGGGGUCCAUUCUUUGGAAGGGGCGAUGGCGGUACGGCAUCUUGUUUCGAGAUUGGGAUGCGUCAGUUCAAGCCCGCUCGUGCACUAUACGACAAGCUUCUGCGAAGCGAGGGCACUCGAAUCAGGGGUCGCAUGGUCAAGUCUUUCCACACUUUCCACGACAUGUCGGGGUUCGAGUUUGCGCACCCGAGGAACAGCUCACAGAUGAUACGCACCUGUCCCGCAGCGCUCGGGUAUUCUUUCGCGGCUGGGACCUCGGACGGCCCUGGAGUUUUCGAUUUUACCCAGCAUGAUGGUGACUCGUCCAACACAAGUCCAGUCUGGCGAGCUGUGUCAAACAUGCUCAAGAAACCUUCAGACGAGCAGAUUGCCUGCCACGCCCCUAAGCCAAUACUGUUGGAUGUCGGCGAGGUGUCACGUCCAUACCAGUGGACCCCCAACAUCGUUGACGUCCAGGUAUUCAGGGUUGGCCAGCUAGCUAUCAUCGUCAGUCCUGGCGAGGCCACCACCAUGGCCGGAAGGCGCUGGAAGGAAUCGGUGGAUAGGGCCUUUGCAGGCUUCCUCGAUAGUGAAAGAGAGGAUGCGAACGGCGAUGAGGACAAUGAUAGCGAACAACUCACCCCUAUAGUGGUUCUAGGUGGGCCUGCUAAUUCGUACACACACUACAUUACAACCGAGGAGGAGUACGGUAUUCAGAGAUACGAGGGCGCCUCUACACUGUAUGGCCCCCACACGCUGGAUGCAUACAUCAACGUCACAUUGUCGCAUUUGCCGUAUCUCUUCGCUGGUGGAAAACAGUCGCCAGGAAGUGGUGGAUCACCGCCGCACCACGACGACCCGUCUUCCUUCCCACCCGACAACACCAACAGAUCCUUAUCGUUCAUUACAGGGGUUUUGAGAGACGGAACCAAACCAUUCAAGUCCUUUGGAGAUGUUUUGAAAGAUGUGUUCACUGAUCAAGAUACGACAAGGCCGAAGCUGCAUUUUCGCCGUGGGGUAGAUACCGUGCGAGCCGUUUUUGUCGGUGCAAACCCACGCAACAACCUCCGACUUGAGGAGACCUUUGCUUCGGUAGAGAAGCUGGAUGUUGCCCGCGGCUCAGUUUGGAAGACGGUACGCACGGAUGCCGACUGGACCCUGGUCUUUCGAUGGCGAAGGGUAAGCAGCGUGCUAGCGACUAGCGAGGCUGAGAUCAGCUGGGAGACAGAGUCUUGGGCGGACCCGGGCAUGUACCGGCUCCGAUAUUUCGGGGAUGCCAAGAGUCUCGGGGGUGACAUAAAGGCUUUUGAGGGGACCAGCAGCGUUUUUGUAUUAGUAUGA